CGCGCUGCACGCGCUACCUCCGCCUCGGGCUGAGCACUUUGAGCCAAUACAAACAAUACAAAAUUCGCGCAUCAAGUGUGAAGAAGGCAAUUCGUCUCUAACUAUGCUCAAUUGAGUUGCCUGCUGUGAAAACGUAUUUAAUUCAAAUUUCUAUCAAUAUCGGAGUCUAACAUGAGCCCCAAGCUCCAUGAGUUUGCCGUGCAGCUCCAGCGCGAUGGCCAGGCCACGCCCUGGGGCAUUCGUUUGGUCGGUGGCAACGAUUUGGAUACGCCGUUAAUCAUCACCAGGGUGCAAGUGGGCAGCCCAUCGUAUGGGGAGCUGCUGCGCGGCGAUAUUAUAGCCAAGAUUGGCGAGUAUGAUGCACGCGACUUGAGUCACGCCGAUGCCCAGCAGCUGUUCCGCGGAGCUGGCAACGAAAUACGUUUAGUGGUGCACAGAGACAACACAAUUGCCUACACGCAGGGCGUCAAUCAGGAAGCUGGUGCGGGCAACAGUUCAAAGUUGCCGCCAGCCAGUCCGGAAUUAUCGCAGCAUCCGCACCGCGGUCCAUCACCUUUCCUACCCGGGCCCAGUCAUUUCGAACGUGCGCUGCAGCUGCCCGUAGAUACCUUGCCCCAAACGGUAUUUCCGCAGCUAAAUGCCUCGGGUGGCUAUGUGACACCCGCCAAUGUGUUUGCUCCAAAGGCCACUCGCGAUCAUCAACAGGAUGUUGCCGAGGAGCAAGCGCUCAUUGUUAAUCAGCCAUACCGAACAACUCCACUGGUGCUGCCCGGUGCAAAAGUGAAAAAGGAUGCGCCCACAACAGAAUCAUAUCUGAGACAUUAUCCAAAUCCAGCUGUGCGCGCUCAUCCCGGACACGACUACCAUGACAGUAUCAUGAAGCAACGCGUUGCCGAUACCAUGUUGCACAAGGUUGUUGGCCAGGAUGCCGACACUGGCAGAGUUUUCCACAAGCAAUUCAACUCGCCAAUUGGUCUCUACUCCAGCAACAAUAUUGAGGACACCAUCAGAACAACAGUUCCCUUUGCCACAAGCGAUAGCAAUCGCUUGAAGGAAAGUCCUUUGCAUCGUCCUUUGCCAACAAAACUUGACGGUUAUAAGAAAACUGUUGUUUACGAUCCAAGGAAUAGCGAAACCUACAGAGCCAUUCAAGAGGAGGGCGGCUACAGCAGCUAUGGUCAAUCCUCGCCACAGGAAGUAACCAUACCUGUGCAGACAAAGGUCUACCAGCCGAAUAGAUUGGUUCCAGGAAAGAAGCCAGUAUCAGCGCCAGUAUCCCGGCCGCCGUACAAUGUGGUAAACACGCACGAUGAAAACAUACGCCAGAGCGGCUCGUUCAAUCGUCUGAUGUACAGCGUUAUUGGUGCCACUGACUACUAGAGCAACAACAGCAGCAGCAGCAGCAGCAACAGUCGACAACAACAACAACAGCAGCAGCAACCGGCGACAAUUAAAAUAACAACAAACAAACAACAGUUGCUAGUUAAGCGUUACUUAACCAAUUUAGCGGAUUUUUAUGAAAUUCUGUUUAACUUAUUUAAAAAUAAUUUAUAAAGCAAAAAAACAACGACAAGAGAAGCAACUAACCAAAGGAAUACCCCUAAUAUAUAUACAUAUAUACAUAUUACGAAUCGGAACAGAAAUUCAAAGGAGCUGAUCUAAAUAUUAUUAUAAAUUUAAACAAACAACAACCAAAAUUAACUCACUCUUUGCUGAGUGCAAUUGUUUUUUUUGUCAGCCUUUUUGUCAGCCUCCCAGCGCAAUAGUCAAUAAAAAAAAAACCAAAAAGAGAAGAGAAAUUUAA